UAAUUUGUCCACUGUCGAGUACAUUGAGGAAGAUGGCAUCGUAAGAAUAAGAGACGUGGGUUCGUGGGGUAUCGAUCGUGUGAACCAGAGAUAUUUACCUCUCGAUGACUUUGUUGAUUUCAAGACUGGUGAUGGAAUGGGUGCGCAUGUGUAUAUAAUCGAUACAGGUAUCAACCCCAAUCACGUAGAUUUUGGACAAAGAGCAACACAGGAUUAUGGAAAGGAAGACUGUAACGGCCACGGAACACAUUGUGCUGGUACUAUUGGUAGCGCUACCUACGGAAUCGCUACCGGUGCAAUGCUUCAUGGUGUGACGGUACUCGGUUGUUCUGGUGCGGGUUCAGUGUCAGAUAUCAUUGCUGGUUGUGAGUAUGUCGUCAUAAACGGUGAAAGACCCGCUGUUGCAUCAUUGUCACUUGGCGGGGGACCGUCUUCAGCUUUUGAUGAUGCUAUCAGAGGAAUGAUUAACGUUAACAUCACAGUCUCUGUCGCCGCUGGUAAUGAUAAUAGCGAUGCUUGUAACUACUCCCCAGCACGAGUUACAGAGGCUAUUACAGUUGGUGCCACUGAAAACACUGAUGUUCGCUCCUACUUCUCUAACUAUGGCGAAUGUGUCAACAUUUUCGCACCUGGAACUGACAUCACCUCCACCUGGUACAAGAACAAACGUGCUACAAACACCCUCAGUGGCACAUCAAUGGCAUGUCCUCACGUAGCUGGCAUAGCCGCUCUGCAUCUGGCGAAUGAUCCCUCAAUGACGCCGAAGGAAGUAGCUAACAAGAUCUAUAAUGAUGCCACACCAGACAUUAUUCUUGAUCCCGGCCAGGGUUCAAAUAACCGUCUUGUUUACGCUGCAUAAACAACGUUGUACAGAAAUUGUAGACGUAAUUAAAGAUACUAAAACUUAAAAUUUAUAUAUCGCUUUAACAUGUAUAAAAAGAUUAGAUAAAACAGAAUGAAAUACUGAAUAGAAUAGGGGCCUAUAGCUUAUUCAGUGUUCUCCCUAGCAUCAUGGGCAAGCUUCAUGGUAAGUGUCAAAGUCAACCAUAGGUGCGACUAACACAGGGUAUUUUUAAUAAUUAGGAGGCAUUGAAAAUGUCCUAAAUUGCACUUUAAGACUAUAUAAAAACAUCAUGGAAGAUGUUCUAAGUAUCAUGGCCAACUGUCAAGCAUCAUGGGGAAAGUCCCAAGCAUCAUGGUACCAUAAUGUUUCAACGUCCUGGGGAGAACACUGUUAUUAUAACAGUAAAAUAAAUUACAAUGUUAAAACAAUAGGUGUCACACAGUAAAAACCAAUAAACAAUUACCACCGUGUAUUUAUCUCUUAAGCCCUCUCUAGACUAUCAAAUUUUAUUUGACAAAGAACCUGUGGCAUGCCUAAAUAUGGUCAUAGUGACAUCACAUCAUGACCAUAUAUAGUCACAUCAUGACCAUAUAUAGGCACAUCAUGACUAUAUAUGGGCAUACAACUUUUUUUUUUUGGCAAAUAAAUUAAAUGGUGUGGACAGGACCUUAAACUUCUUAAUGUUACCGCAAUUCACAUUAUAGAACAAAAAUGCUUGAUGUAAAAAUUGACUAACUUUGCCAGUGUGUCGGUAAAUGCAUUAUUCGUAGGUGACAAAAUCAAAUUAUUUGCUCUAAAAUACAUAACCACCAAAAAUUAUAAAUAUGUAUUUUGGGAAUAAAAUCAUAUUUAGGCUA